AUGCUGAAGAACUCGGAGCUCUCGGCGAGCGCCUACUCGCAGGGCGCGUGGCGGCGUGAGCUGGGCCUCACACUCUACGCGGGGCAGCACCUGCCGGGCCAGCUGUACGGCGGCAACAGCCUCGAGCUCUACCACCCGGCCUCUGGCGUCCGCAUCAGCUUCUGCGCGCUCGAGGCGCUUCGCUCGUGGGCCGGCCUCGACUGCGCGCCCGUGCCGCACCUCUCGCCCAGCGCGCCGCUGCCAGCGUGGGACUACACCUUCACGACCGCCUACCCGGGCGCCGUCGCCGUCGCGCCGCCGGGCGCGGGAGUGCCCUCACAGCCCGACGGCACCACCUUCUACGCUCGUGCCGCCGUCGACCUCGCCGACGGUCCCGCCAGGCUGAGGCGGCCGCUGUGCAAGUGCCGCGGCGCGAGCGGCCGGCCGCCGCUCGUGCCGGUCUCCGACCCUCACCCGCUCGCCGACUGCGAGCCAGCGCCGCCGAGUCCGCCGCCUCCCCCGCGCUGGAGGCGCGCUGCCGAAGAGCUCGACCUCGCGUCGCUGCUGCGCGAGGACAACCUCGACCCGCAGUCGAGGUCCACCCUGCGCGUGCGAGUGGUCUGCACCGGCAGCCUCCUGCUCGCCUCGCUCCGCUGCUUUGUGCGCGUCAACGGCGUGGCCGCGAGAGUAGUGGACACGCGGUACCUGCUGCGGCCGGAUUCGGUCCUCCGCGCCCGCUCCUGGAGGGAGGGGCGCUGGGCGGAGCUCGCUGGCGAGGGCGCGCCGUCCCACGUCGACCUCGGCCCAGACGAGGACAGCCUCGCCGCCGCGCGCCUGCCAGUCGUCCGCCCGCCGCUGACCGAGCUGCUCCGCCUUCCGACGGCGGCUCGGCCGGGCCGAGGCGGGGAAGGAGGCGGGGAAGGAGGCGGCGGAGGACGCGGAGGACGCGGCCGCGGGCUCGGAGGCGCCGCCCUCGAGCCUCGCUGGCGGCGCGCGUUUGGCGGGGAGCUGGAGGGCGUGAGUGUGGACGGCACGCGGGUGGUGGUCGCGCACUCGGAGGGCGGGGUGGAGCGGCUCGAGCUGUCCGGCGGGGGGCGGCUCUGGCUCUCUGCGCUGCGCCACGGGGCGGCUGCCGCCGCCGUGGCCCUGUCUCCUUCGGAGGCGGACGGCGGUCGGCUGGCGGUCGGCGGGCGGGGCGGCGAGGUUGAGGUGUGGAGGGCGGAGAGCGGCGACCUGCUCGCGUCGGUGAGCGUGGUGCCGGCUGGGCCGCGCCGCGCUGUCGCUGUGUCCAAUUGGGUCGAGUGGCUCUCGUGGCGCGGCGACGGCGGCGCGCUCGGCUGCGCUGCGGGUCGCUGCGUGGCUCUGCUGUCCUCAGGCGGCGAGGUGGUCGCGCGCCGCGAGGCGAGCGGCCAGGUCGCCGCGCUCGCUUUCGUGGCGGGCGAGUUUAAGCGGGUGGACGAGGCGGCCGAGGCCGGGGCGGGCUGGCGGGGGAGGCUAGCGGUCGGCACGUACGGUGGCGUCGAGUGGCUCUGCGCGGGCGGUGCGCCGGCCGAGUCCCUCGCGCUCGGCGGCGGUGCGGUGCGCUGCCUCGCCGUUUCGCCGAGCGGCGGCCACCUUGCCGCCGGGUGCCUCGACAAGCGGGCGCACGACUGGAUCGGGUUCGACGGGCCGGUGAGGCUGGUGGCGUGGAGCGGAGACGGGGCGUGGCUCGCCGCUGUGGGAGGCAGCCAGCUCCUCGCGGUGCCUACCGCCCUUCCCGCCGGCGAGUCGCCCGUCCUCUGCUGCAGCGGCCGCGUCGAGGCGCUGGUGUGGGGCCCGGCUCGCCACCCCGCACACUGGCUGCUCGCGACGCUCGAGACUAGCGCGGCGCGCGUGUACGACAUGCGCCUCGCCGACGGCGCCGCGCCACGCCGCGUCGCGCCGGUCGCGGCGGUGAGUCUGCCCGGGCUCGACCCGCGCGGUGCGUCGCCCUCGAUAUCGUUCGGCGUCAUGGCGGGCGGCGAGGACACGCCACAGCGGUCCUUGGAGUCGGAUGGCUCGGAGCUUCUCCUCGUGGUGACACGAGGGAGCGGCUUGGAAGCUGUGUGCUUGACUUGUGGGACGACGGAGGGCAGCUUUUCACAUUAG